GCGCUGGGCGCACUUCCCGUCGGGGAGAGAGUGUAAUAUGGCGAAGACCUACGAUUACCUGUUCAAGCUGCUGCUGAUCGGGGACUCGGGGGUGGGGAAGACCUGUGUCCUGUUCCGCUUCUCCGAGGACGCCUUCAACUCCACUUUCAUCUCCACCAUAGGAAUUGACUUUAAAAUUCGGACCAUAGAGCUCGAUGGCAAGAGAAUUAAACUACAGAUAUGGGACACAGCUGGUCAGGAACGGUUUCGGACGAUCACAACGGCUUACUACAGGGGCGCGAUGGGCAUCAUGCUGGUCUACGACAUCACCAACGAGAAGUCCUUCGACAACAUCCGGAACUGGAUUCGGAACAUUGAGGAGCACGCCUCCGCAGAUGUCGAAAAGAUGAUACUCGGGAACAAGUGCGACGUGAACGACAAGAGACAAGUUUCCAGGGAACGGGGAGAGAAGCUGGCCCUGGACUAUGGAAUCAAGUUCAUGGAAACCAGCGCAAAGGCCAACAUCAACGUGGAGAACGCAUUUUUCACUCUCGCCAGAGACAUCAAAGCAAAAAUGGAUAAAAAAUUGGAAGGCAACAGCCCCCAGGGGAGCAACCAGGGAGUCAAAAUCACACCAGACCAGCAGAAGAGGAGCAGCUUUUUCCGAUGUGUUCUUCUGUGAGGAAGGCCGCCUUACUCUGAGCCUCGCUCAGCCGAGCUGACUGUGCCUGUCCUGAGUGAGCCCCUCACUCGGCCAGGGCCCUCCCCCACAACACCCCCCGCCGCGCCUCGGCUCCCGGGCCCGUGGCCACCAGAACACAAUCGAGAAAUUGUUUAUUUUAGUAACUGAUCUUUUUCAACUGCGGAGAUGGAAUGAUUUCAGAAUCUGCUAUUUUUCCUGCGACAUCCGGCAAAUGGGUCCACGCCUCGAAUAACUUGACAGAGAGAGGGAGUGGAGGCGCGGCCGUCAGUAGCAGCCAGCAAUGGCAGGCCUCCAUCUCUGGGCCUCGACACGGCUAAAGCCCCGCUGGAAAACCCGUCCACGCCCCCUGCGGCAGGAGGGAGGCUCCCAAAGGCCACUGACGGCUCCAGGAGUGCCGGCUCCACUUCCUGAGUGAGGUGACUCACAGCAGGCCCGGGAGGCGCCUGCCCAGCGCCUCCAACACCCGCUUUCACCUCUUCUCUGAGCUUUUGGACACGUGACAGAAACCGUUAUCCCCCGCCGCCUGUCAUUUUAACAGUCAAACCAAAGGGAAGCACAAAUUAAGGAAAUCCUGAGGAAAGAAGCAUGGAGUGGCCUUUCCUGUUUACAGCCAGGUUUUGGUCCCAUGGUCCAGCUGGGCCUCAGACAUGGCCAGCAGAUUGCUCCGCGCUCCACCUGAGCACCGAGGGGUCACCAUGCAUGUCAUGCGGGUGACCCCAAAACGCAGUCAACACGCAGCCCGCCUGCAGUCGGGGAGCCUCCCCCUCUUUGCCAUCCCACCAUCUCCAAAUCAGAUGUUCUUUCUAGCAGAGAUUUUUACUUCGCCAGGUUGUCAUGCCAGCAGGCGAUUCCGUCUUCGAUUUCCCACAGCCAAUCUGGGUGAUCAGGAACAUACCCCCGGCUGGACGUGGCAGACAGCGUGGGGUGGCCCACAGGGACUGACUGCAGAGCAGUCCGGGUGGGUUUCUAACUGCAGCCGCCCAGUUCUGUUUUGACAGCUCCGCCUUCCCUUGGAGACUGCAGUCGGAACCCAGGUAACCAGGGCAGUGGGGUGUCACCCAGGAACCUUUCUUUUUCUUUUUGUCUCCCGCCACCCCACGAGCUGCUGUCCAUCCAAGCUGUUGGCACAUAGUUUUUUUUUCUUUCUUUCUUUCUUUCUUUUUUGAAUUAAAACCAACAUACCAGCAAUAGUCUGCUCUCCCCUGGAAUCUCUUAACAUGCUCUGUUUACAUCGAUAAAUGCACUUAAGGAAAACAAACAAAUUAAAGCUCAUUUUAAAGUUAA